CCUUUCUGCACUGUGGCCUUCAUGAUGGAGACAGCAAGGUCUUUUCUGGGAUUUUCCCUUUUUGUUCUGCUGGUUGUUCCAUCAUGUGGUUUUCCAGCCAAAGGCUCCAAAUCCACAGAUCAUGGCAGCGGUGACCAAAAAGCAGCAACUAACUUUGCUUCCCACAGAGGAGCUCAGAUGAGCCGCUCUGCUCCUGUGCAUUACAGCUCUCAUUCAAGCGGCGUCUCUCAGCCAGUUCCAGUGUUUGUGCAGAAUCCUGGUGUCCCUCAGUUUGUUCCCAUGGUUCCAUCAGGCAGCAGCUUGAGCUCUGCUGUUGCAGGAUACCCUGUGGCUGUUCAGACAGGAUCUACUGUUCCUGUGUUUUCCAGUGUUCCUGCAGCAGGAGUCUCUGAGGCAGUUCAGGUCCCUGUGCAGGCUCCUGGUUUCUCCCAGUUUGUUCAGACGGGCCCAGCAAUGGUUGGCUCUGCUUCCCCUGUGUUUGUGCUGCAUGAAGGAGCUGGUUCCACACAGCCAGGACCUGCUCAAGCUGCUCUGCCAGAAACUCAGUGGGCUGUUGCUCCUCCAUCUUUCUCUGAGCAAGCAGCAGCUGAUGCCCAGGCUGUGGGCUCCAGUGACUUCCUGCCACCAGUCCCUGCCCCUCCAGCUGGCCCUGUCCUCCAGUCUGGAGAGACUUCCAAUAUUGUGAAGGAAGCUGAACUUGGCAACUACCAGCAGCAGACGGAAGAGUUUGGUUACCCGGCUGAGGCGGCGCAGCCUGGAGCUGCUUUCACCAGCGUGCUUGUUCCAGGCCAAGGACUUGGUGGCUUCUGGGGUUCUCCUUAUCCUGGCUUUGACUACAGGCUCCUGUAUGGUCUGUACCCUCCUGGCACCUACACUACCUUCAGCCAGAACCAUGAGAAGGGCAAAGACUACUACCAAUCCGUCCACUACUUGAAGGAGCAUGUUUCUGAGGACCAAGGUCCUCAACAACAGCAGCAGCAGCAGCUUCAGCAGAAGGUCUUCCAUGGUCAUCCCCAGAGAUCUUGAGGUUCAACUUGCUACUAUGUUGCAGCAUAUUCAGCUUUCUUGCAGGUCAAGGUUCAAGUGCUUUAUCUCAACCCUGAGAUCUUCAAGUGUUUUACCUGCCUAUGUGUAAUAAUAAACUGGUUAAUCCACUGAAA